AUGGUCACUAUGUGAAAUAAACUGUCAAAGUGUGAAAUAUAUAUGUCGCAUCGCAAAUUCUGUGUGAAUUUCGUGCAAAUCCGUAAUCUUCAAGAAAUAAAGCUUAUUUUACUUGCUACCUAUGUAGCCGUAGAUAUUUUUCACAGAGCAGUUUGGAAUUGAAUCUGAAAUCUACUCUAGCUAGGUCAUAGGUGGCUAGGCUAGAUAAGUGCAGGCCUACAAGAUGCCCCUUUUUGGCAAAAAAGAUUUUGGGAGAAAAUCUAAAAAAGAAAGUAAGGACACCGAAAGACAGCCAUCCAUCGAAGAUAAGUAUGUCGUUAAAGAUCUGCUGGGAACAGGAGCCUUCUCAGAAGUACGUCUAAUCGAGAGCAAAGAAAAUGGACAGUUGUUCGCCUGCAAAAUUAUCGAUAAAAAAGCUCUCAAAGGCAAAGAGGACUCCUUGGAAAACGAAAUUAGAGUUUUGAAAAGAUUUAGCGAAAAUGCAAAAGGGGAAGCGAGUGAAAGAAAGAUGUUUUCACAUCCAAAUAUCGUCCAGCUGCUAGAGACGUACGAGGACAAGAACAAAGUAUAUCUUGUGAUGGAAUUAGUGACUGGUGGCGAGUUAUUCGAUCGCAUCGUCGAGAAGGGAUCGUACACCGAAAAGGACGCGGCUAAUCUUAUCAGACAAGUGUUGGAAGCUGUGGACUAUAUGCACUCACAGGGAGUGGUGCAUAGAGAUUUGAAACCUGAAAAUCUUCUCUACUACAGUGCGGAUGAGGACAGCAAAAUUAUGAUAAGCGACUUUGGGUUGUCUAAAAUUGAAGACUCUGGCAUAAUGGCGACAGCCUGUGGUACCCCUGGCUAUGUUGCUCCAGAAGUGCUAGCUCAGAAGCCUUAUGGCAAGGCAGUGGAUGUGUGGAGCAUAGGUGUUAUCUCAUAUAUUUUGCUAUGUGGAUAUCCUCCAUUUUAUGAUGAAAAUGAUGCAAAUCUCUUUGCCCAGAUUCUUAAAGGUGACUUUGAAUUUGAUUCUCCUUACUGGGAUGAUAUAAGUGAAUCUGCAAAGGAUUUUAUUCGACAUCUUAUGUGUGUUGAUGUUGAGAAGCGGUACACAUGCAAACAAGCCUUAGCUCACCCUUGGAUCUCUGGCAAUGCAGCCAGCAGUAAGAACAUUCAUGGCACUGUAUCUGAACAACUCAAGAAAAACUUUGCCAAGUCUCGCUGGAAGCAAGCCUACCAUGCCACCACUGUCAUCCGACAAAUGCAGAAGAUGAUUCUCAGCAGCAGCAGCUCGAGUCGCAAUGCAAACAAUGCCCAGCAGCCCAAACCACAACAAUAGUUGACCUCCAGAACAAAGCUGACCGUGUGAUGAAGGUACUUAAUGAUUAUACUUUCUCUCUCUCUUACACAUUGGUUUUCUCAGCAAUACAAACUAGUUUGAAAAACAAAUUGACACUGAAAAUUCCAAUUGGCAUUUAGUCAGUCGACAACAUUUUUAUUUUAUUUACUUAACCUAAUUUUUGGACUGGUUUAAUAUAACUUGUAAUUUGUAUGCCUGAAAUGAUAUACCAAAUUAAAAAGCAAUUCUACAAAAUAAUUGAAGAUUAUUAUACCAAUUGUAACGUUCAGUGUGUAUGUAUUCAGGAUUUGACUUGUAAAAGGUUGGAUUGCUGUACCAACAUUUUAGGGUGUGUAUAUUUGACAAUUGAAUGUCAAUUGUCAUUUCUUUAACAAAAAAGACUGGUUCCUUAAGCCCCUGUAUACAUGCUUACUAACAUGUCUGUUGGUAUGAAAUUAAUAAUUUGGUAGAUGCGUUACAGUAAUUGAUAUUUAUUGAUGGGGCAAAUGCCAGCAAGCAGCAGCGUCUGAGAUUUGUGUCAAUGCUAAAUUUGUGUCAUUGCUUUAAUGGUCAAUGCUUGAUGAUUUUUAAUUGGUGAGUAUAAUUCACCUUAAGUAAGAAUUGAUAACAAUCAACGAAUUGUUUUAAUGAUAGAUUGCGCUAGUCACAGUAUAGUAUAUACAGUUUCUAAACACUGUUUAUUGUGACUAUGCAGUUGCAUUGCAUACUGUAGAACAUGAUAGCUAUAGGCAAGUUGUGUAACCUAAUUAGACACUUUCUUUUCUACGCCUGCUGCAUGCUAUAUUACUCACUAUUCUUGGAAUCUCAUAUUACUUCAAGUCCAUGUCCAUGAUAAUCUCUAUUUAACCUUAUAACAUGACAUUAUAUAAAAUAUAUACCUAAUUACAAUAUAUUUAUAUCAUAAAUAUAUUCCUUUGACAAAUAUUAAUUUGCUGUUUUAAUAAAAACAGUGUGAAGCUAGAAUAAACAUUCUCUUCUAAACAUUCUGUGCUAAUAAUUACUUAUAGGUAUGGUGAUAAUCACUUAAUGCUAAGGUUUGUUGCAAAUUGUUAUAAAUUAAUUAUAACGAGGA